AUGGUGCUGAAAUGGGCGGGGGAAGACCGAAAGCGCAUGCGAAGGCGGGCCAUACCACAAUGUGCCCAUCACCAUCCAAGCUGGGUGUUUGCCUGGCUUUGGAUUCUGAUCCUGGCAACCUGCCUUGAUGUUGCACAAUGCAUGACGCAGAGAGAGAAAACAGAUCUCAAAACUGAAGCAGAAGAUUUAUUCUACCAUGGAUACAACAGCUACAUGAAAUAUGCUUUCCCCGAGGAUGAGCUUCGACCUGUGUCUUGCACGCCUCUUACACGCGACCGGGCCAACCCGGCGCAUAUAGAAGUCAAUGAUGUCCUUGGAAACUACUCACUCACCCUCGUGGAUAGCCUGUCGACCUUGGCCAUUCUUGCAUCAGAACCGUCAUCUGGUAGAACAAACAGACACCUCGAGGCUUUUCAGAACAGUGUAAAAGAGCUGGUCAUUCAGUACGGUGAUGGCACGGAUGGGCCUGCGGGCCAAGGUCUGCGGGAAAGAGGCUUCAACCUGGACAGCAAAGUCCAGGUAUUUGAGACUGUUAUUCGUGGAUUAGGAGGACUGUUGAGUGCUCACUUGUUCGCUGUUGGCGACUUACCAAUUCGAGGGUACAACCCGCCAAGGGGAGGCGCUAUAUUUGCCAGGAAAUGGGACAAGAGUUCUGCAGAAAGUCAUGAGUCUGGCAUUAAAUGGCCCAAUGGAAUGAUAUACGACGGCCAGCUCCUUCGUCUAGCCUACGAUCUCGGUAAUCGACUGAUACCUGCCUUCUACACAUCGACCGGCAUCCCUUAUCCACGAGUAAAUCUUCGUGAUGGCGUGCCCUUCUACGAGAAGUCGCCUCUCAACUUCGACCCGGGAGUAGGACAAUGUGAUGCUGGCCAGAAGGGUACGCCCGAGAUUACGGAGACAUGCAGUGCUGGUGCAGGGAGCCUUGUGCUGGAGAUGACGGUACUGAGCCGACUCACGGCUGAUGAUCGUUUCGAGGAGCUUGCGAAAAGAGCAUUUUGGGCGAUCUGGAACAGAAGAAGUGCCAUUGGUUUGAUUGGAACAGGCAUCGAUGCCGAAAAUGGCAAUUGGGUGGGAUCAUAUUCAGGUAUAGGUGCGGGCAUUGACAGCUUUUUUGAAUAUGCUUUCAAGUCGUAUAUUCUUCUUUCCAAUAACGUCCAUCCCGAGUAUAGAGUGCCAAAGCAUGUGAAGGACCCUCGGGAGCUGUUCCCGGCCCUGGCUGCUGAAGAGGCGUCACCAGCAGGCUUCCUUCGGGUAUGGUCUGAAGCCCAUUCUGCCUUGAAGAGACAUCUUUACCGCGGAAAGACCUAUCAUCAUCCACACUAUAUUCAAGGCGAUCUCCAUACAGGAGCGACAAGAGCUUACUGGAUUGACAGUCUAAGCUCUUUUUACCCUGGUCUCCUCACUCUGGCUGGAGAGGUUGAUGAAGCAAUCGAAAUACAGCUUCUUACCACGGCAUUGUGGACAAGGUUUUCAGCUCUUCCAGAAAGGUGGAACCUGGGUACUGGUUCCAUCGAGGGAGGGCUUGGUUGGUGGGGAGGCCGUCCAGAAUUUAUCGAGUCCAAUUAUUACCUCUAUCAGGCCACACGUGAUCCGUGGUACCUGCAUGUAGCCGAGAUGACCUUGCGCGAUAUCAAAAGAAGGUGCUGGACUCGUUGCGGCUGGGCUGGUAUCCAGGAUGUCAGGACUGGCGAGCUGAGCGAUCGGAUGGAAAGUUUCUUUCUCAGCGAAACAGCAAAAUAUCUCUUUCUACUUUUUGACGAAAGUCACCCACUCAACCAACUGGAUGGCCCAUUUGUCUUCAAUACUGAAGGUCAUCCGUUGAUUAUUCCCCCGAACGUUGGGGCUCGAAGACGAUUGAGGUCGACCUCGGAAGGCGACGUCUUGAAGCAGCAAGGUGGCUUUGCAGUGUGCCCUCGAGCACCGCCAUCCUUACCCUUCAGCGCUUCAGUCACGGCUGCGCGCAAUGAUGUCUUCCACGCAGCGGUCCUAGCCCGUCUACAUCUCAUGCCCAGUCGUGGGUCUACUGAUUCAUUCAUUGGCGAAUAUGCAGUUGACCACCCUAGCAUUUCGCUUCAAGAUGUCCGGUCCCCUUCCAACUACACCUACUUUCCAUGGACAUUGCCACCAGAACUUGUCUCUCACAAUGCCACCAGUGCUCCUUUGAUGUCUCGGCCAAGCUUCGAUAUAUCCUUCCCGGCUCUGCCGAACAUGGGCACGCCUGUUGCGCCACUCCAGCGAGUCAAGGAAGGUAUCCUGAUCAAUCACAUCGGAGGUCUUCGUCUCGGAAUGGUGCAAGAUGUGCCUAUCCUCGUGAAUGGAGCUUCUGGGGAAGCCUACAGGAUCAAUCUUGUCAAUAAUUUAGCUUUGGGUAAAGACGAGAAGGUAUUUCUACCCCGCGACACGACAUCUGGGGUGCUGAAUCCAACAGACCCAAACUUUACACGUCUUCGGGAUGUAGGGAUGCUCGACUUGGUCGUUGAUCUAGACAUUCCGAGCGACGAAACCAACGGGACGGAAGCAGCAGACUUGAACGACGUCUUGCCCCAGAUACCGAUGCCUGUAUCGGUCAAAUCUGCUCUCAGCUCGCUCAUGGCCCAGCUCACCGCUUUGAUCCACGACGAUCGACCAAGUGUAUUUUCCCACUCAUCUCAAGCCGACCUUGGCCCCGAUAGUUCCCGGUUUUACAUCCCAGCAAUCACAGCAACAGGCUUAGGCGCGGCACCGAUUCCUGACUGGAAUGAAGCGCCCUCUCCGACUACCUCCAACCUCCCCAGACGACCGCUCGACUGGACGACCAUCUACGCCACCGACCAGCUCUGCGACCACAGAAUCCCCCUCUCCAUCGUCAAGACGCAUCAGAUCCUCCUGGUCAAACGAGGCAACUGCGCCUUCAGCACCAAGCUCGCAAACGUUCCCGCAUUCGCGCCUAGCCCGACAUCACUACAGCUCGUCGUGGUCGUCUCCUACGAACCACCACCCGAAGAAAACAUGCCGGAGGAGGAAUGGCUGAUACGGCCGCUGCUGGAGGAGCAGCAGAUGACCAGCGGCGGGCUGGUGAGGCGGAAUCCAUUACCGAUGGUUAUGGUGGGGGGUGGGGAGAGGACGUAUGAGGCGUUGAGGAGGGCUGUCGGGAUCGGGGUGAAGAGGAGAUAUACGAUGGAGGCGCAGGGGAUUGGGAUUGCGAAUUUGAUCAUCGUGUAA